AUGCCUUAUUACGCGGUAGCUAAUGGUAGACAAAAUGGUGUUUAUACCAAUUGGAAUGAUUGUAAAGCUCAAACUAAUGGAUAUAGUAAUGCGUCAUUUAAACGUUUUGAUACUGCUGCUGAAGCUAGUGCAUUUGCCUCUGGUGGUAGUAGUUCUGGUGGUGGAUCAUCAAGUUAUUCUUCAAGUAAUAACGCGUCUUCUGGUGGUUAUUCAAGUGGUGGUUAUUCAGGUAGUUAUUCAGGUGGCUACUCAGGUGGUUAUUCAGGUGGCUCAAGUUAUUCAGGAGGUAGUUCAGGAGGCUAUUCAUCUUCAACAAGAUCAAAUAGUUCAAAAGCAGAACGUAUUUAUGUAGAUGGAGCAUCAAGAGGUAAUGGACAAUCCAAAAAUGCACCAUCAGGAUAUGGAGUAUAUUAUGGUCCCAAUGAUUCACGUAAUGCAGCAGUUGCAUUAAAUGACGUUGAUGAUACUUCAAGAUAUACACCAACUAAUCAAAGAGCAGAAUUACAUGGUAUGAAACAUGCAUUAACUAAUAUUAAAAAUGAUUUAACUAAUGGUGGUAAUGGAUCAAGAAAAGCGGAAAUUCAUAGUGAUUCCAAAUAUGCCAUACAAAGUAUUAAUGAAUGGUCAGAUAGAUGGGAAACUAAUGGAUACAAAACUUCAAUGGGUGGUAAUGUUGCCAAUUCGGAUUUAAUUAAAGAAUCAGUUUCAUUGAAAAAUGAUAUUAAUGAUUUAUAUAGAUCUAAAAAUAUGGGACCUUUAGAAUUUGUUCAUGUUAGAGGUCAUUCUGGUAAUGAAGGGAAUGAAGCUGCUGAUAGAUUAGCUAAUCAAGGUGCUGAUAAAAUGUCAAGAGGUUAUUAG